CACAGUCAAUUUUGGUGAAAUUUCGCAUCUUCCGCAACUUCACACACAACCCACCCACGUCGACCCAUCAACUCGAUCAGUCGCGACAAUGGAUUCCUCUAAGGCCCCCGUCAAGCUCGUCAAGGUCACCCGCGUCCUCGGCCGUACCGGCUCUCGCGGUGGUGUUACCCAGGUCCGCGUCGAGUUCAUGGACGACCAGACCCGCUCCAUCAUCCGUAACGUCAAGGGCCCUGUCCGUGAGGACGACAUCCUUGUCCUUCUCGAGUCCGAGCGUGAGGCCCGCCGUCUCCGUUAAGAAGUUCGAUGUGACGAAAAAGGGAGGAAUGAGAAUUACAGCGCGACCUCGGUUUUGGCCUGUCUCGACGAGGAACGAUUACAUCAUGACUUGCGGCCAGGGAAUUACGGAACAUUCUGGGUUGGGGGUUCGGUAGAACGGCAUUGCCAUGAUUAUUUCCUCCCCAAAAAUCUGCUCGGCGCAGACGUUGCAUUGAUUCUGGACCGCUCCAUUUCGCUGCAAUCGUGUUCUUUCUCGUGAAGGAAAAUGGGUGAUGCACUUGGGACAUUCUUUUGGGGACUCAGGAGGACGGAGGUUUCCAACACAACACCAACUCAGGCGGGCAUGGACUUGAGGAUCUCUACAGGCAACUCUAUCUCGAAUUUUCGAGGCCUCCGAGGUCCUGCUCCAGCGCCAACAGUGGCAGUCGAGAUCCGACUCCGAUCAGCAACAACGCCUUUUCGCGCGCCCAUUAGUCAAGCAAUGCCAUGCCCUCAGGCAAACGUCAGCUCCAGUCCGUCCGCCCGCCAUGCCCUGCAACCGAAGUCCAAUCCUCCGUCCUACCGUGUCCGAAAUGGGCUCCUGUUCCCAGACGGUUGUUGCCUUCCAUGAAGACGGGAGACUUAAGGUACAACGACAGAGGGCCCUCUGAUAUUGCAUCAUGACAAAUGUGGUAGGGUCGUAGAGAUUUGUAGUAGCCAACUGGGACUGCUUGAUCCUUG